AUGCCGCUCCGAUCAUCUCAGUCGUCGCCACCGGCCUCACAAAGCUUUAAACGCAAACAACCUACCAUCUCAAGCUUCUUCACGAAAAAGCCGCCGACAUCGCAAGAGAAAGCCCAGGAGCCCGAGGACGAACCGGCGGCGAGUCGAAGACAAUUCGCAAAUGCCCUUGAUAAAGCGACGCGCGUGAAAGAGCACGGUGCCCCAGCAGAGAGAGAUGAGGAACAAGAGGAGGAGGAGGAGGAUAUCGUGGCCCCGGCUCCGAAGCGGAUUAAAACAAAUGGGGUGCACGAGAAGGAACCAGCUAGCGCGGCCAAAGAGGUAUCUUCUGCCUCGCGGCCAGCACCGCCGCUGGCUAGUAGCCAACGAACCGAGCUGUACAAGUUCGCUAGCUCGCCUGCCGAUGGCGCCGGCGCGGGCGUUGACCGACCAGAAGAUCCGGAGACAAAGCAGCGGCAAGCGGAGCGGGAAAGACUGCACCAACUGUUUGUGAAGAAGCUCGGGGGCGCAGACUGCGCGGUUGGGAUUGGCCGCAGCGCUGGCGGGGAUGCGCCGUCCGGCGCGGAGGAGGCUGCCGAGGGCGACGAGGACGAGGAGGUGGCGCCGGCGCCGGCGGCGAAGGGGAGGGGCUCGAAGAAAGCCGGCGGGGGCAAGCUGACACCGCUGGAGAAGCAGGUGAUUGAGAUUAAGCGCAAGCACAUGGACACAGUUCUGGUGAUCGAGGUGGGGUAUAAGUACCGGUUCUUCGGCGAGGAUGCGCGGAUUGCGGCGAAGGAGCUGAGUAUUGUUUGCAUUCCGGGGAAGAUGCGGUUUGAUGAACACCCUUCCGAAGCGCAUCUUGAUCGCUUUGCCUCCGCGAGUAUACCGGUGCAUCGGCUGCAUGUGCAUGUAAAGCGACUCGUGGCGGCGGGCUAUAAGGUCGGCGUGGUUAGGCAGUUGGAGACGGCUGCUCUGAAAGCCGCGGGUGACAAUCGCAAUGCUCCGUUUUCCCGGAAACUCACCAACCUAUACACGAAGGGAACGUACGUCGAUGAUGUGGAGGGAUUGGAGGGUCCUACACCUGCGGCAUCAGGUGGUGCUUCUCCAGCCACCGGGUACUUGCUGUGCAUCACCGAGACGAAUGCAAAGGGCUGGGGCAACGAUGAGCGGGUCCAUGUGGGUAUUGUUGCUGUUCAGCCGAACACGGGAGAUAUCAUCUACGAUGACUUUGAGGACGGUUUCAUGAGGAGUGAAGUCGAAACCAGACUACUUCACAUUGCGCCGUGCGAGCUCGUCAUCGUUGGGGAGUUGUCCAAGGCUACCGAGAAGCUAGUCCAGCAUCUCUCUGGCAGCAAACUGAACACCUUCGGCGACAAGGUCCGCGUGGAAAGAGUGGGAAAGAAGAAGACUGCGGUCGCCGAAUCGCAUAGCCACGUCGCGAACUUCUACGCCUCCAAGCUCAAGGCAGCCAGCGUCGACGAUACGCAAACCAGCAAUCUUCUCCAGAAAGUGCUCACCUUGCCCGAGCAGGUGACGGUGUGCCUCUCGGCGAUGAUAGAGCAUAUGACGGAGUACGGAUUGGAGCAUAUCUUCCAACUCACCAAGUAUUUCCAGCACUUUUCAUCUCGGUCUCACAUGCUUCUGAACGCGAACACGCUCGUGAGUCUCGAGAUCUAUCAGAACCAGACGGACCACUCGACCAAAGGCAGCCUCUUCUGGACUCUGGACCGCACGCAGACGCGCUUCGGGCAACGCCUGCUUCGAAAAUGGGUUGGGCGGCCCCUGCUGGAUAAAUCGCGACUGGAGGAAAGGGUGAAUGCUGUUGAGGAGUUGAAGAAUCCGGAGAAGACCGUGCAGGUAGAGAGGCUUAAGAGGCUACUGGGGAGGAUCAAGAGCGAUCUGGAGAAGAAUCUCAUCCGGAUAUACUAUGGAAAGUGCACCCGGCCAGAGCUGCUUACUGUGCUGCAGACGCUGCAGACCAUCGCACAAGAGUAUGCCGAUGUCAAGUCCCCGGAGGACAAUGGGUUUGCAUCGCCUGUUCUGGGUGAGGCGGUUGCGUCGCUCCCGACCAUAUUGAAAGAUGUUGUCGCUUUCCUGAACAAGAUCAACAUGCAUGCGGCCCGUAGUGACGACAAGUAUGAGUUCUUUCGGGAAUCCGAAGAGACCGACGAAAUUAGUGAGCAUAAGCUUGGCAUCGCCAGCGUCGAGCACGAACUGGAGGAACACCGCGCUGUUGCUGCCGGGAUCCUCAAAUGGCCCAAGGUGGUCUACGUAACGUCGUCGGGCAUAGAGUACCUGAUUGAGGUUGAAAACACCUCCAAUGCCAUCAAGCGAGUGCCGGCAUCGUGGGUCAAAGUGAGCGGGACCAAGAAGCUUUCCCGAUUCCAUACGCCAGAGGUCAUCCAGCUUCUCCGGCAACGCGAUCAACACAAGGAAGCAUUGGCCGCCGCGUGCGACAAGGCGUUUGCCGCUCUGUUGGCCGAGAUCGCCGUCAACUACCAGCUAUUCCGGGACUGCGUCCAAGCUCUUGCGACGUUGGACUGUUUGCUCUCCCUCGCGGCGAUAGCGAGCCAGCCCGGAUACGUGAAGCCCGAGUACACCGACCACACAUGCAUAUGUGUCGAACAAGGGCGCCAUCCCAUGGUUGAGCAACUCUUGCUGGACAGCUAUGUGCCGAACGACACUGACCUGGACACGGACCAGACUCGCGCGCUUCUGGUGACGGGUCCGAACAUGGGUGGUAAAUCGAGCUACGUCCGCCAAGUAGCCCUGAUCGCCAUCAUGGGCCAGAUUGGCUCCUACGUCCCUGCGCGAUCAGCAAAGCUCGGCAUGCUGGACGCGGUGUUCACUCGCAUGGGCGCCUUUGACAACAUGCUAGCAGGCGAGUCGACCUUCAUGGUCGAGCUGUCCGAGACAGCGGACAUCCUGAAGCAAGCCACACCGCGCUCGCUCGUCAUCCUCGACGAACUGGGGCGCGGCACAUCCACGCACGACGGCGUCGCGAUCGCCCAGGCCGUCCUCGACUACAUGGUGCGGACGAUCCGCAGCCUCACGCUCUUCAUCACGCACUACCAGCAUCUCUCGAACAUGACGCAGUCGUUCCCGGACCACGAACUGCGCAACGUGCACAUGCGCUUCACCGAGUCCGGCGCCGGCCAGGACGAAGAAAUCACCUUCCUCUACGAGGUCGGCGAGGGCGUCGCGCACCGCAGCUACGGCCUCAACGUGGCGCGGUUGGCGAAUCUGCCUGCACCGCUCCUCGACGUGGCGAAGCUGAAGAGCGCGGAGCUGGAAGAGCAGAUCCGGCGGCGGCGGCUGGCGAGGCUUCUCACCGCGGUGGGGGAGGUCAUGUCCGAUCCUGCCAAGGGCGAUGAGGAUUUCCUCGAGCGCCUCAUGAGCACCGCGGAGCAGUUGUAG